AUGAGACUGGACAAAUUGACAUCCGGCUCUAAGCAUCCGCCUACUGAACCGCCCACAUAUGAAGACGUGGAAUUGUCAGACUCGUCUCCUGCUUUGACUCCGAUCACAUCCUCCCAGAAUGAAGGUCCGCGAUUUGGAAACCAGUCACCUUACCAUAAUCUCCCCUCAUGCUCCAAAACAAACGGCAGAAACAAGCCGUAUCAACCCCCCAAACAUUUACAGACCCACAUAGACCGCUUGAAUGGGCUGGGGCUUAAUUUGGCCACGGUCUCGACCGACACCCGCACCGAGUAUUUCGAUAUUCUUCCGUCAUUCCAGAUGUUCCAGUCAAUUUUGAAGCGAAACGACUUCGAGUUUGAUGAGGGUAACUUGGGACUUCCAUCUGUCUACGUUGACACGCCCCUUUCUUCCUCCGACUCGCCGUGCAUGACCCAAGAUCAGUUGACGCUUGAAACACAACGUGUACUCGAUUCAGCCGCUCGCAGUCUAGCCGCCAUUAGCGUGAACGAUGAAGAAAAUAACGAUAUCGACGAAUUUGAAGGACAGUAUCUUUUUUCCGAAAACGAAUUGGAGGAGGGUUUGCAGAGCGUGUCAAGACUGAGAGAAUCAUCUACGGGAAACCCCUCACAAAGUGAAAAUACGCUGGGCCGGGCUGGAAUAACGACCCCCCGGGUCCCUGGAAUUCUAACUCAUGAGAGCUACGGAAAUUCUGUGCUUGAUAAUAUUGAUAUGCUUCCGCAUGCGAAAUCAUCGCCUUUGGGCGUUCAGAUUUUUGUCACGAAAGACGUUCCGGCUCCCCAUAGCCCCUGUGAAUUAGAGACAAAGCUAAAGGAAUAUUCUAGUGGAGACGCUGUACAUGGAUAUGUCAUCAUCACAAACAACCUGGAUGAGUCUGUGGAUUUUGGUCUUUUCACCGUGAGUUUGGAGUGUACUGUGAAGGCAGUCUACGCCUCGGUUAAGGGGCAUUUGAUGAAGCCUCGAGCCGUGCUACAGAAAAAGCUUCUCAAAAUGUAUGAUUUGAAUGCCAGCUAUAAUGAGGGUUUGAUUCCAAGCUCUGCUGGCAUAGAAUAUGAUUUCUUGUCGAGAGACGAAUAUGAUGGCUGUAUCAUUGGUUUGCCUAAUGAUAGAAUUUUGAAGCCAAAAGAAAGGUACAAGAAGUUUGUCAUGUUCAAGUUCCCUGAAAUGCUCUUGGACAAUGCGUGUCCUCAUGGUGUGGUGCGGCACACCAUGCCACCGCCAUCCUUUGGUCUAGAUUGUACUGCCUUUUACAGAAGAGCCAGUACGAUUGAAAUAAACAAAGCUUUGGGAUAUGGGUUUUUGAACUCAAGAGGUUCUCCGAUGAAGCUCAAAGACUACUCUUUUGACGAUGUCAGUGUAUCAUACACAAUUGAUGCAAAGUUCAUUGAUAAAUUACAUGCCAAAGAUCAACGUGUCCCUUUUUCUACUCAAGAUGUUAACGAUCCGCAAAAUCCUCUGCAGUAUAUGGUAUCUCAGAGUGCUCAGUUUUUCUUGCGGUACAUUCCAGAUGUCAAUGGUCAAGUUUCAGCUUACAGUAAGGCGUUCAGUGCCUUUGGAUAUGAUACGUUUGAUUCGAUUGGUAUCGACGGAGUUCUCUAUUCUGGACUCGCUAAAAGACAGACAUGGCAAUUCAUAGAACGUAUGAAUAUGACCAUAGAACAAGAAAUCCAAUCUGCCCUAGAUAAACGAGAAUUCAAAGAUGAGGAACUCAAGCGGAAGCAUCUUUUCGCAAGUCGUGUAAAUGUUGACUUUAACAACAGAAUUCAUCCUGCCACAACAAACGGCUCACCGCGUUUCUUUUCCGAAGCAAUAAUCAGGAAUAUGGAAGCUAAUAAUAUCGUCUUCUCUAAUGAGAGUAUCGACAUUUAUGCAAAAAAGAAGAAAAGGCUACUUCUGUCCGUGUGUAAGGUUGGUCAGAUGAUGCUUUGUCUUCGGGUGCCAGAAAAACUUUUGCCAUACGGGUCCCCCAAAUUAAUCCAAAAAUACAAUGAUGGAAAGAGAUCAUCUGCUUCCUUUCAAUUGGCUUCCCCGAAUGAUGAGCCCCUUCUGCUUCACCCUGUGAAUAGCAACAUGCUGGUAUUGUAUAAUCGUACUGAUAACAGCGUUAUCACGGAUAUUGACAUCCAGCUAUAUUUCAAGACAACUUUGGAGAACACCAGACCACCGAUCAUAUCACUGAUUGAUCUAGAAGUCGUUGCAUGGUCAUACAGAACUGACUAUCCGAUUCCCCUCUCAUUUGAACAUGACUUCUUCUAUACUAAGCCUCAUGUUGCUGGGGCGGUUAUCCAGCAUGACGAUGUUGAAAUAACGAAACAAAAUUUGCUGAAGUUGAAAGAGACUGUGAACCAUUACAUUUCGUUUUUACGUGAGACCAAAACGUUCAUUUCACAGAAUACCUACUCUUACUUAAAGGGUUUGAGCAACAUGGGUAUCAAAAAGGAUACGCUAAAGGAAUAUCUUCAAAACAUACAUUCUUCUUCCCAAUUCGGCAAUGAGGAUUGGACGGGCGAAAAGGUCGAUUUCGACACUGUGCUUUGGUCAAAAUCAUUGAAGGUUCCCAUCAAGGUUUUGAAUAAAAACAAUAUAACACUUCCCCCAAGCUUCCAAAGCUGUCUCGUUGGGAGAGUUUACUCAAUUCAAGUUUACGUCAAGUUCAAAGGAGGCGAAGAUUCACAGAAUGUCAUUAAGAUGCUGGUACCAGUUCUUGUUGGCUAG